AUGAGAUGGAAACUAACCGAGCCUGUCGAGCUCUUCGGAAAGUUGCAAUGCAUGCUUUGGGUUUCCUUGUUUGAACAGCGAGUAGGCGAGAUAUUCGAGAAUCUGUCCAAGGUUUGCAGUUGGUACCGGCUCUUGAGCGAGUCGCCUCUUUGCCUCUUCCAUCCACAUUAAUGUAUGGUAGAAAUCACCAUCAUUAUAGGCUGCUUUGCCAAUCUCGAAGCAAUCUCCGGCGUUGAAUGA